AUGCAGGCAUCAGAGCAACAUAGAAGUUCAAGCAUGUACUAUCAACCAUUACAACAAAUUGAAACCUACUGCUUGCCGCAGUAUCGGACAAUAAAUCAACAGCUGUACUACCAUGAUGGAGGCCAUGGAACUCACUUUUCAACUCCAAGUUCUUCUGAACUUUACUGUACGUUGGAGUCAUCUUCUGUAGCUGGCAGUUUCACUCUUUACAACUCGCCUUCAACUGUUAGUUUCUCACCUAAUAGUAGCCCCAUAUCGCAGCAAGACUCUCAGUCAUAUCCAACUGACCAGUAUCAUUCCCCUGAGAAUACCUAUGGCUCUCCAUUGAGUGGCUCCUGCAUAACCGAUGAUUUAAGCAGCUUCAAGCACAAGCUGAGAGAGUUGGAAAGUGUAAUGCUUGGCCCUGACUCCGAUAAUCUUGAUAGUUAUGACAGUGCCAUAAGCAAUGGAAACAACUUUGCUUCACUUGAGAUGGACAGUUGGAGACAAACAAUGAUGGCCAUUUCAAGCAAAAACCUGAAGCACAUCCUUAUUGCAUGUGCCAGAGCCAUUGCAGACAAUGAUUUGCUGAUGGCACAAUGGCUGAUGGAUGAAUUGAGGCAGAUGGUGUCAGUUUCUGGCGAUCCAAUUCAAAGGUUGGGAGCAUACAUGCUGGAAGGACUUGUUGCACGAUUGGCUGCUUCUGGGAGUUCAAUAUACAAAGCUUUAAGAUGCAAAGAACCUGAAAGUGCUGAGCUUCUCUCCUACAUGCACAUACUGUAUGAGGUUUGCCCCUACUUCAAAUUUGGCUACAUGUCUGCAAAUGGAGCCAUUGCAGAAGCUAUGAAACAUGAAGAGAGGGUGCACAUAAUUGAUUUCCAAAUUGCUCAAGGAAGCCAGUGGAUCACUUUAAUUCAGGCUUUUGCAGCUAGACCUGGAGGGCCACCCCACAUCCGGAUUACAGGUAUUGAUGACUCACAAUCAGCUUAUGCCCGUGGUGGUGGACUUCACAUAGUGGGAAGGAGAUUAUCAAAGCUUGCUGAGCAUUUUAAGGUGCCAUUUGAAUUUCAUGCUGCAGCUAUCUCUGGUUGUGAUGUUCAACUACAUAACCUUGGAGUUCGACCGGGGGAAGCUCUGGCUGUGAAUUUUGCAUUCAUGCUUCAUCACAUGCCGGAUGAAAGUGUGAGUACUCAGAAUCACAGGGAUAGGCUGUUGAGGUUGGUAAGGAGCCUAUCCCCAAAGGUGGUGACACUUGUUGAGCAGGAAUCGAACACAAACACUGCUGCAUUCUUUCCACGUUUCCUUGAAACUCUGGACUACUACACAGCAAUGUUUGAGUCAAUAGAUGUGACUCUUCCCAGAGAUCGUAAAGAGAGGAUCAAUGUUGAGCAGCAUUGUUUGGCAAGAGACUUGGUCAACAUCAUAGCUUGUGAAGGGGUUGAGAGGGUGGAACGGCAUGAGGUGCUUGGGAAAUGGAGGUCAAGAUUUGCAAUGGCCGGUUUCACUCCUUACCCUUUGAGUUCACUGGUGAAUGGUACCAUUAAGAAAUUGCUUGAGAACUACAGUAAUAAAUAUAGACUUGAAGAGAGAGAUGGAGCUCUUUAUCUGGGUUGGAUGAAUAGAGAUUUGGUUGCUUCUUGCGCAUGGAAAUGA